UCAGUCUUGUAGUAGAUUUCAAAUUGUAAAGACAUAUAAAUAAAUAAAUUCUUUUUUUAAUGUCUUUUCGGUCUGCCUGAACAUAACUGGCGCAGUCGGUAGGAUUGCACGUUUAACUAGGAAAACCGCGAAUCAAACUCUUCAAAGUCCCCUGGUAAACGGCGACUCCCUAGUCGCGUUACUGCAAUCCAAAGGAACCUCAUCAAGGGCGGUCACCGAGAUCCACGCGGGUACACCUGGAGCAUUGGGCGUUCCCUCGUGCUGCUACGAGACUCGACAAGAAAUGCAGUUGCUGGUCUGGUGAGUACUCUCGCUAAGCCAAGUUUCCUGCUCUAUUUCCUGUCCUAGAUAUAGUUUUUUUUUAUAUAUAUAAUUAAUGAGUGUUUAAACCUAAAAUCGGUUUAAAACUUUAACAUUAUAACAAUAGGCUAUUGUCUUGUUCUCACAUCGGACGGGCAUUCCUUAGCGUCACGUUACGCGUAUUGUUAAGUGUAAGCGGAUCUACAUAGAAAUUGUUAUAUUUUAUAACUUUAUUAAUUCAUAUAAUUAAAUUCAAAAUAUGUCGCUAUUAGAUUCACCGCAUUUUAAAAUUUUGGUAGAUCUUAUUCCCAAAUAUGACGGAACUAAGAAAUUACUUAAAGAACUAGAAAGGUCAAUAACAGUAAAAGCGUAUAGUACUAAGCACUCAUUAACAUUUAUUUUACAAAUACCUUCUAUUGAUAAAAGUAUAUAUGAUCUUAUUCAUUUAUAUUCUAUCCCUGAUACCGAGUACCUCACCAUUAUACCCAAAUCCAAAUUCCUUGCACUUGGAAGCGAUGAGUACGCAUACCUCGACAACAGCUGCAAGUCGAUCACCGAGAGCGUUCAUCUCUGCGAGUCUCUGCAAAUGAAAUCCUUCACAAAAUCAGAAGAUUGCAUCGUCAACCUCAUAAAACACAAGAAUGCCAACUGCAGCCGUGUUAAGAUGGUACUAGGUGACAGCAAAAUCCAAAAAACGCGGGACAACACGUGGCUGGUCAUACUUAAGCGAGAAGAGAUCGUAAGAGCACAAUGUGGGACCAACACAUCUUACCAUCGUGCAUCGGGAAUCCAUCUUAUAACCGUAACAGAAGAUUGUCGCGCAGAAGUUGCGAACAUGACGCUGCAGUCACAUGUCACGAAAUUGGACUUAGAUGAAAUAAUACCAUUGCCCCAAAAACAAGACUCACCUGUGGAUGUCGUGCGGUAUCAAGUAAAAUUGCAAGAUCUGGAAUUAGAUAACGUUCGGCAAUUACUGGACAAGGCUGAAGAUCUGGAGAAGCAGGGUGACAUUAACGAUUGGCCUAAGAUGAUGGCAACUCCAAGCUGGACAACUAUCAUCCUCUAUCUAUUACUGAUAUGUGCAGUAUCAUGGAAAGUGUAUAAAAAGUUAUCAAGCAGAUGCACCAAGAACGCACGGAAGAUCACGCCUACCAGUGAGGACACUGGUGGAAGCUGUAAAAUCAGCUUCUCUCUGAAGGACGGAGGAGUUACCAAGGCAUAACCCUUGGUAAUCGCUGACGUUGCACUCAGCGAUUUCGCCGACUAUAGUUUAUUUGAAAGUUAUUAUUGUAUUCGUAUUAUUUAGAUUUA